UGUGAGAGUCACUGAGGGGGUUACUGCAGUCAGCAGAUUCAUCUGAGCGAAUCCACUCUAGUCUUAAACAGACCCUAAGUUAAAAAUGGCAUUCGCCGGAAUCCUGAACGACGCUGACAUCACUGCAGCCCUUGCAGCUUGCCAAGCUGCCGACUCCUUCAAGUACAAGGACUUCUUUGCUAAGGUCGGCCUGGCAGCCAAGUCCGCCGAUGACAUCAAGAAGGCCUUCGCCGUCAUUGAUCAGGACAAGAGUGGCUUCAUUGAGGAGGACGAGUUGAAGCUGUUCCUGCAGAACUUCUCUGCCAGUGCCAGAGCUCUGACUGAUGCUGAGACCAAGGCAUUUCUUCAGGCCGGUGACAGCGAUGGAGACGGCAAGAUCGGAGUUGAUGAGUUUGCUGCCUUGGUCAAGGCCUAAAUGAAUGAACUGACCAACAUCUGACUUCGCAACUCUAAAGGAACAACUUGAACCAAGACACACUUUUCCUCUCUUCUUCUCCUCUUCCCAUUCACUCUCUCUCUUCAGUUCUCCACACCACUUUUAUACACUUGAACUUUCACCCCUGACUAUGGACAAACUGCUCCCUCUCUUUCUUUCUCUGGCAGUGCACACCCCAAUGCUGUCCACAAUGAAUGUAAC